CUGAGCGGGGCCGGCGGGGCGAGGAUGCUCGGUGGCUGGGGAGGGAGGUGGGGCAAGGCAGAGGCAGAGGCAGAGGCAGGAUCCCCCCCCUUCCCCUCCUCCCCGCCGGUGCUCAGCCUUUGGCCGCCUUGCUGCAACUUGCUGCAGUGUUUGAAGGGAGCAGUGGCUGUGGCGGGGGGCGGGCGCGGGGACCUGCCGGGGGGCGAGCGGCCACACAUGUCACAUGUGCCGGCGGAGACGCCCGGGAGGCUCCGCAAGCCGGACUCGGGGGAGGAUGCUGCGGCAGGUGAUACACAGAGGGCUCCAGGCGCUGUGCUACAAGCUGGGCUUGUUCGUGAGCCGGCACCCGGUGUUUUUCCUCACCGUGCCCGCAGUCCUGACCAUCAUCUUCGGCUUCAGCCUGCUCAGCCGCUUCCAGCCCGAGACUGACCUGGAGACCCUGGUGGCCCCCAGCCACAGCCUGGCCAAGAUCGAGAGGAGCUUAGCGGGCAGCCUCUUCCCCCUGGAGCAAGCCAAAAGCCAGCUCUAUUCGGACUUGCACACCCCAGGGAGGUAUGGCAGGGUGAUCCUCCUCUCCCCAGCCGGAGGGAAUAUUUUGCACCAGGCUGAUGUGAUCCUGCAGAUCCACCGAGCCGUGCUGGAAAUGAAGGUGAACUACAAAGGCUAUAAUUAUACUUUUUCCCAUCUGUGUGUGUUGAGAAAUCAGGAUAAGAAAUGCGUGCUGGAUGAUAUAAUUUCAGUGCUAGAGGAUCUGAGGCAGGCUGCCCUCUCCAAUAAGACAACAGCCAGGGUGCAAGUGAGCUAUCCCAACACUAAAUUAAAGGAUGGAAGGAGCAGUUUUAUUGGACACCAGCUUGGAGGGGUCAUGGAGGUGCCAAACAGCAAGGACCAGAGAGUAAAAUCAGCCAGAGCCAUCCAAAUCACCUACUACCUCCAAACCUACGGCUCGGUCACCCAAGACCUCAUUGGUGAAAAAUGGGAGAGCGAAUUCUGUAAACUAAUGCACAAAAUGCAGCUGGAUCACCAAGACCUGCAGCUCUUCUCACUGGUGUCCUUUAGCCUGUGGAAGGACUUCCACAAGACCAGCAUCCUGGCCAGGGGCAAGGUUUUGGUGAGCCUGAUGCUGAUUCUUGUGACUGCUACCCUCUCCAGCUCCAUGAAGGACUGCCUACGCAGCAAGCCUUUCCUCGGGCUCCUGGGAGUGCUUACUAUCUGUAUCUCCAGUGUCACUGCAGCAGGGAUAUUUUUCAUUACUGAUGGAAAAUAUAACUCUACUCUGCUGGGAAUCCCUUUCUUCGCUAUGGGUCAUGGAACCAAAGGCGUGUUUGAGCUACUUUCAGGAUGGCGCAGAACCAGAGAGAAUCUGCCCUUUAAGGAUAGGGUAGCAGAUGCCUACUCAGAUGUCAUGGUCUCCUAUACAAUGACAAGCUCCUUGUACUUCAUAGCCUUUGGAAUGGGUGCCAGCCCCUUCACCAAUAUUGAGGCUGUGAAAAUUUUCUGCCAGAACAUGUGUGUCUCCAUCCUAUUGAACUACUUCUAUAUUUUCUCCUUCUUUGGCUCCUGCCUAGUUUUUGCUGGACAGCUGGAGCAGAACCGCUACCACAGCAUCUUCUGCUGUAAAAUCCCUUCAGCAGAAUACCUGGACCGGAAACCCGUGUGGUUCCAAACCAUGAUGAGUGAUGGCCAUCAGCAUACUUCUCAUCAUGAAACCAACCCGUACCAGCAUCACUUCAUCCAGCACUUCCUACGAGAACAUUACAAUGAGUGGAUUACUAACAUCUAUGUCAAGCCAUUUGUAGUGAUACUGUACCUCAUUUAUGCCUCUUUCUCCUUUAUGGGGUGCUUGCAGAUCAGCGAUGGGGCCAAUAUUAUCAACCUCCUUGCCAGUGAUUCUCCAAGCGUCUCUUAUGCCCUCAUCCAGCAAAAGUAUUUUAGCAACUACAGCCCAGUAAUAGGAUUCUACAUCUAUGAGCCUCUUGAAUACUGGAAUGGCACUGUACAAGAAGACUUAAAAACACUGAGCCAUGGGUUCAAUACAGUGUCCUGGAUGGAACAGUACUAUCAAUACCUGAGAGUUAGCAACAUCAGCGCCACUAACAAAAGUGACUUUAUCAGCAUCCUCCAGAGCUCCUUUUUAAAAAAACCAGAAUUCCAGCACUUCAAAAAUGACAUCAUUUUCUCCAAGACUGGAGAUGAGAACAAUAUCAUUGCUUCUCGCAUGUACCUGGUGGCCAGGACUAGUGAAAACACACAAAGAGAGGUGGUGGAAUUGUUGGAGAAGUUAAGACCGCUCUCUCUAAUCCAGAGCAUCAAGUUCAUUGUGUUCAAUCCUACUUUUGUUUUCAUGGACCACUAUGGUUUAUCAGUAACUAUGCCUGUCCUGAUUUCUGGCUUUGGCAUCCUGCUGAUGUUAAUACUGACCUUUUUCCUGGUUAUUCAUCCUCUGGGAAACUUCUGGUUAAUUCUCAGCGUCACCUCAAUAGAGCUGGGUGUCCUAGGUUUGAUGACUUUAUGGAAUGUAGACAUGGAUUGCAUUUCUAUACUGUGCCUUAUCUACACUUUGAAUUUCGCCAUAGAUCACUGUGCACCCCUGCUUUAUACAUUUGUAUUAGCAACCGAGCACACCCGAACUCAGUGUAUAAAAAACUCCCUCCAAGAGCAUGGGACAGCCAUUUUGCAAAAUAUUACUUCUUUUCUUAUUGGGUUGGUCCCCCUUCUCUUUGUGCCUUCGAACUUGACCUUCACACUGUUCAAAUGCUUGCUGCUCACUGGCAGUUGCACACUUCUGCACUGUUUUGUUAUUCUCCCCGUCUUUCUAACCUUUUUCCCACCCUCCAAAAAGCACCACAAGAAAAAGAAACGGGCUAAAAGGAAGGAGCGGGAAGAAAUCGAAUGCAUAGAAAUUCAGGAGAAUCCUGAUCAUGUAACCGCAGUCUGAAAGGCUUAGAAAAAAUAAUAUAUUAUCUUUUUAAAAAAGUGUUGCACAGAGAUGCAGGGAAAAUAGAGCAAAGAUCUCAGCUGCUUGCGCUGGCCAGGUGUAACAAGAAAAAGGAAGAUCACGGAGGGGUGUUCAUGACACGUCAAGGUGCAAACUCUUUUUUUUUAACAAAAAUAACAAAAGUGGAAAUAAUUUUAAAAGUUUUCUUUGAAUCCUCAACCUCUACUAAGCAAGAAUUUAUUGGUUAUUAAGCAUCCUUGAAUCUCCAACUCUAGUUCAAAUUGAUUAAGCUGGCCCAUGUAGGACUGCAAGUUGGGGAUGAGGGGAAAGAGCUACCAAGAAUAAAAUAAUGUAAGCUCCAAGAGUUUGAUAACGUUGCUAAGAAAAAAAAGCAACAAGCAUUUCCAAUGAGAAAAGAAAAAAGGGAAAGUAAAAAAAAAAAAAUCUAGAUUUUUUUUCCAGAUUUCUUUUCCUGAACAAGGUGGUUGAAGUUAUACCUAUGCAUUUGGGAAGUAGAUAUUUAAACCAGUCCAAGCCAAAGUACUUCCCAACACAAACAUACUAUGUAUAUCUCUGUACCACAAUUAAAAUGUUAUCAUUAGUUGAGAUGGUAAAUCUAUGCUGCUAUGUGACACAGGUACUGGAUAUAUGGGAAAGGAAAUGAUUGUAGGCCAAUUGGAAACACAAAACUUGGUUUCUUUAAAACUGAAUUGGACCUUUUUCCCGAUAUGGUGAUUGUGAACCUUAUAACUGAUGAUUACCAUAAAUAUAUUUUGACGUCUGUGAAUUCUGGAACUCCCCUUGAAUUAAUAUAUCUUGUUAAAUUAACCCAGGCCAUUAUUACUGCAAUAGUAACUGCAGGUAAUGCAGAGUUAUACUCUAGAUUCCGACGUUCUCAGUGUUAACAGUGAAUACCGAAUAUCAAUUGAGCAGGCGUUUUAAAAAUAAUGAUGGAAUUACAUAUUACCAACAUAGCAAUGUGACCGUGCUGCAGAUGAACCAGUUCUGGAACACACACAGUAUAUGCAUUACCUAUUUGGUUCAAGGUGCAGAGGUACCUAUUUGCUGGUACAUAUAACAAACUACCAAAUGUGGGGUUUGCACCUCUUUUAUCCAAAAAAGGUCAGUAGAAUCUACCUUUUGCCAUCUGCGAAAAAGAAUAUUUUAAAGUUUGCGUGGAGUUAAACAUGCCCCAAACUGUAAGGAGCCAGAUCGGUCCUUGGGGGGGAAUGUUUAUCAUUGCUAAAUAUUUGGGUGUUACUGUCUGCACCAUAAAGCUUUGUUAUGGCUGUUGAAAUUUAAUAGAAGCAUGCAGUAAAUCUGCAAUUACUGCAUGACACUAGAACUAUGCUGUAAAGUAUUAUGAAAUAACAUUCCCAGCUUUGUAAACUAUACAGCUUAGAAACGCAACAGAAGGAAUGAAAAGAGACCUAGCCAGUUUUUACAUUAAGAACUUGGGGCUACAUUCUGCCCUCGGUUUUGCCACGUACAUCUCUCAUUUCAAACAGUUCUUUAAAAGGGCUUGCUUUAUAAACUCUUGAAUACAGUCUCACCUCACAUCAAUGAACAAUGUCUUCCUGAAUAUAUGGUAUCCGUGGGGGGAACUAUAUGCAGAUAUCGUAGUGGGAAAUGUUUGUUAUGUCUACUUCGUACAGCUCGUGGGUUCCUUUUAAAAGAUGUUAGCAUUGUUUAUGUCCAGAACCGUGAUAUCCUUGCAUAUAUUUGUAUUUGUGGCUGACUAAUGCUAGAUCUUAGCUUCUGAUCUGAGAGACUGUUACUGAUGGGUGUGUGCCCGCAUAUUCUACUCGAAUACUCUCUGCAAGCAGCUCACUUUUGGUUCCAUUAUGUCUCUUUUCCCUCUUGCACUGAUUUGUGGUGGUUGGGAGCCAGGGAUUUUCACUUACCCUGUAAAAGCCUUCUGCUUCCUCGUUCUAGAGUUCAUUGAUGAUCUCCUUUGCUAGGCAAUGCAAUUUCCCCCUUCUCACUCUGUUCUUCGAUGGUUACCUCUACCAUUUGAUAACUGUGGGCUCAACCUUUGGAUUUUAUAUGUAGGUGAAACACCUGUGAAAUCAAUCAGAGUUUUUGCUUGAAACAGGACUUUGGGAAUGGUGAGCCCUUAUAGGAAAAAUAGAGAUGGACCAAAACUGCAAGGUUUGAAUCUAGAUCCCAAGUUAAGGAACUUCUAGAUCCAGGUUUUGGUUGGCCCAAAUUAUACAGGGGCAAAAACUGAUAUCUGAAUAAAAAUGUACUAGUAUUCAGGGCUGGAAAUGUUCCGAUUUAGGGUCCUGAUUUGGACCCAUGUGUAAUUGCAAGGCAUUAUUGACUUUGGUUUGAAUCGUUAAGAUGUUGUGUAGUUGCCACCCCUUUCAGAAAAUGUACCAAUGAACGGCAGCCUCCUCUUAUAUUUCUCUAGGCACAGUUAUGAAGCAUGGGGACAUUUCUAGAUGUUCCCUCCCCCAGAAAACUGUGUGUUGUUCCCUUUGAAAGCUGCUAAUGUUCAUCUUUGCCACCAAGAGCGAUGUCUUAAUGAUCCCUUCCUAUUUACAUAGGCAUUGAUUGUAUUGCAGUGAGUAAUGUUUUCCUUUGUCAUAAUGUUUCUAGGUAUCAUAUGGAAAGGAAAAGAAAACACUGGGAAUUUGUCUCCCAGACAUUUAAGCUCAGUGACUCUGGUGUAACUAAAAUCCAUUUUUGGCUUUUAAUGCGUUCUUGUUUUCAUGCAGAACUGUCCCCUUAAGGAUUCGUACUGCUACCCCAUAAGGGAGAAUGAUGAGCUAAAAUAUGAAAAGACCCUAUGGUCUUAGCAUCAUAGAAAAAUAGGGCUAGAAGGGACCUUAUGACUUCAUUUACUCCUACCCCCUACACAAGGCAGGAUCCUUCCUGUCUAAACCAAAUCACUCAUGGGUUCUGCCAGUGCAGCAGAAAAAAACCCAUAAAGACUCUUAUGAAUGUCAUUUUAUUACUCUUGCUUAUCAGUAGUUUUCCAGAACAGCUGGAAAGGCCAUUGUGACUUUCUUUCCUGAACAGAACCUGGUAUCUGGGGACUCAUGAAAGAUUUAAGCAUCAAUCUAGGAGAGAUUUUCUAUUGCAGAAUUCAGUUUAGGUUGAAAUAAUUUGCAAUUAAUUUUUUUACUUACAUGUCUCGGUUUGCUUUAAUCAUAUAAAUAUGGUCAGCCAACAUCUGCCUUUAUCUGCCUGCAUGUGGCUCCCAUUCAACUCAGCCAGAGCUUCAUGUGCACAUAUGAGGACAAGAUAUAGCCCAGUCAGAGCAAUGAGAUACUCUCUGAUGUGUUGCACUAUGGAUCCUCAUCUCAUACUUGUUCUUCCAAUUACCAAGAGUCUCCUUGGACAUGGAAUAUAAUACUUUUUUUUAAGGGAUCACCAACUUUUAAGCUAUACCUAUAAGCCAGCAAAAACUCUGUCUCUUUUCCUACUACAUUUGAUUUCAUUCUCUCAAAACAUGUGGGCUCAGGACAUUGCUGGUUUAACUCUAACCAAGUCAGUAGAGUUACAACUAGGGAUACACCUGGCAUUGCAUGCUUAUCAUAUAGUGAGAAGUGAAAUAAUGAAAAAUAAACUUCUUACACUGUUGAUAUGUUUGUCAAACAAUAUAUAUGCAUAUAUAUAUAGAUAUAGAUAUAGCCAUUAUUGCAUGCUGCAGUUCAAGAGGUUGUGAUGAAGACAUUUUUCUCCCCUCAUUUUGUAAUAAGCCAUUGCACUUUCCUAUACUGGCUAAUUUAAAUCUCUUUUCUUUUUUGUUAGAAGUAGGGUAUGACCUCCAAGGUCCAUAAUUAGCUGUUCCUAAAUUAUUACUUACUAAAGUAACAUAUUUUUCUAAGGUCAAAAUAGAUACAAAUGCAUGGCACUUUGCAUGCAUAAGUGUAUUAAUACUGCACUAAUUGUAGAGAUGCUAUUUUCAGGGUUAUUGUUCUUAGCUUUUUAUUCCAAACUGUUUAUCUUUAGGAAAUUACCUGCCAACAUUAACCUUUAUUUGGGUUUAUAUACACAUCUUAAUUUUCAAAUUUUCUCCAGUGGGGAAAAUAUAGGAAUAUAUAUUCUAAUAAAUAGUUAUAUCAUUUGAUCUGCUCUUUUUUCAAAAGACUCUCAGGGCUAUGUUCUUAGUUUAGUUACAGUGGCUAAACCAGUGCGACCGAGGCAUAAUUCCAUUUAAUUCAGCAGUUAUGUCACAUUUAACUAUGAUGAGUGUGGCCCGUUGUCUUUCAGGAAGAACCACACAAAACUUGUUUGAUUAAUGUCCUAAUCAUUCUAAAUGAUGCAGUGUGGUACCAUUCUGGGUUGUUGGGUUUUCUCUUUGCUUGUUUUAGGUAACACCCAUCCCAAAUGAAGUAAAAGGCUCAGUGCCCAUUGCUCCAUUUGCUGUGCCAGGGUUACUAGGACUAAGCAAGGUUAAGAGACUAAGGGUUACUAGGACUAAGGGUUACUAGGACUAAGGGUAACUAGGACUAAGCAAAGUUACUAGGACUAAGCAGUGAGAAGAGAAAAGCGCUGCAAUGCUGGAGAAAGUCAAGACCCCACAAAGAGACGGUGCAAUAUAUUCUUCAUACACGUAUCCUCAAAUGAAAUGCAUGGAAAGAAAAUUACGGCUCUGAUGAAGACUGAGUAAUUGAAAGGAAAUUCACUGAGAAUGGUGAAGUGGGCCCUAUGUGAAGCAUGUCCUAUGAAAUAUGACCUAGAUCCUGCAGUGUCUUCAUAUAACAGGAUUAAGGACAAUCUAGUGUACACAUCUUGAUCCACACCACCUAAAUAAAAUGGUUUGGGCAGAAAUGCUAAGCAGAAGUUGGGGGAAUAGAUACACCUCCUACUACACUCCCUGUUCAUCCAAAUCCCAAACACCCCCAUGGACAAAGGGAUAUUGGAGGGCUAAGAAACACAGCCUCUUUCACCCCUUGGGGCCUCUGUGUGGCCUUGCUUUCCUGGGCAGCAGGAGCACGCUCUGAUGUUCCUGCUCCAUAUUGAGCCUCCUACUCUCUUGCCAAGCCGAGCGAAAACUGCUCUCUCUGUGAAGAUGGGUGCUAAUGGGUUGCUGGAAGGCGCGUGCCACGCUGAGAAGACAGAGUGUACGUGUAGUAGUACUUGUAUGCAGUAAAUCCCCACGAUGAGCAACAAAAUCAGAAAGUAAUGUAGGUGCUGAGUGUCUGUCUCCCACUGAGGUUACCUAAAGCUCAGCAUGCUUGGCAUUUUUCAGGAAGCUGGCAGCACCUCAUGCAGUUGGGCCUUCAGGGUUUUUAAAGUGUAUUCUUUGAUAUAUCCUUUGCCUCCUGCAACAGGGCCCAUAUACAAGCUGAACAUCACUACUGUAAAUAGGGCUGCUUGCACCUCCCUCCAGAGACCACUGGUUUUGAAGCAUCAGUCAGUCAGAUGAGAGUUCUGGUAAAGCACUGGAAAGGUGUCCCCACCAGGAAAGGCUAAGCAUGCCAUUCUUCUAGCGCUCCUUUGCUUUCCCACAAUAAGAAGCUAAGGCUUGAGACCCAAAUCGAAACUCCCCACAUAAGCAACUUGUUCUGCCAAUGGACGGCAGAGCCUGAUGGUUUCCAGUUCCAGUGUAGAGAUCCACUGAUGAGACCAAAGCUCAGCAGGGUGUUCAGUAAUCACAAAUCAGCGUUGUCUUUGUUGUCCCCUUCAUGGUAGUCAGAUCCCCUGGCUGGCCUACAUAAGGCCAUCGAGCAUAAGACGUGCCAUUUACUGGGUCAGACCAUAAGUCCAUCUUACCCAGUGUCCUGUGUCACAGGGGCAGAGGGCAGAUGCUGAAAGGGAGUGUGAACUGGCUCUGACCAGGGUUUUAUCCUCUGUUCCUCUCUCACUUGCAAUCUCCAGCAUUUAAGAUCUAGGAAGUUCUGAUUCAGAGGCUGUCUCCCUAAUGCCCGUGCUCACUAGUUACUGAUGGCCCUUUCCUCCAAGAAUUUGUCCAAUCCUUUUUUGGAUCCAGCUAAAAUGUCAGCUUCCACAACAUAUGGUGGCAACAAAUUGCACCCUUUCAUUACAUGCUGCAUGAAAAAUAAUUUCCUUUUGUUAGUUUUAAAUGUGCUGCCUAGCAGUUUCAUUUUGUGACUUCUCGUUCUUGUCUUGUGAGAGAGAUUAAAUAAUAAAUCCCUAUUUGCUCUCACUUUACCCUUUAGUAUUUUGUAAACCCUUAUCAUGUUCCUCCUGAAGCUUCUCUUUUCUUAAUUGAUUAGGCCAAGCCUCUUUAGUCUCUCCUCAUAUAGAAUCAACUUCAUACCACGGAUCAUCCUUACUGCUCUUCUCUGCAUCUUCUCUAGUGAUUUCUAUAUCCUUUUUGAAGAUUUGGGCACAAUGUCCAAGGUGUGUUCAUUAUGGAUUUAUAACGGGGCAUAACAAUAUUCUCUUUCUACAGCAUUCACAUGUUCUCCCUGCCUUCUUACUGAUGAAGUAGAAAUUCCUCCUGGUCUAUCCCUGGGGCUGUGUUCCCUUUGCAUCUCAGCUUCUUUUGUACUUUUAAUGCCUGUCAUUUUCCCCAUCCCUAAGCAACUCUUCAGUUCAGUUUUAAAAAUGCUUGCAACUAAAUUCUCCUAUGCGCCGCCCCACUGAAACAAAAUGGGGCUUCAUAGAUGGCUGUGAGGGCAGAAUUUGAUCCAAAGAACCUUGCCCAUAUCUGUUCCAAGAGGCUACAAAAUUCUCUCCAAAAGAAAAAGGAGCGCGUUUUAAAAAAGCACAAGAAAAUGUAAGGCGAACCAGAACUUCCAUCCUUUCUAUAAAAAACAUUUUUUAAAAUCUCUAAUAUAGUAAGUCUUUAGUUCUUCUCCAGCCCAUACAUUUUCUUCAUAGAAAAGGAGGGUUAGAAGGGACCUCAGGAGGUCACAUUUCUCCAACCCCUGCUCAAAGCAGGACCAGCCCCAACUAGAUCAUUCCAGCCAAGGCUUUGCUGAGCCUCAAAAACCUCUAAGGAUGGAGACUGCCACCUCUGUGGGUAACCUGUUCCAAUGUUUCACCACUCUCCUAGUCAGAAAGUUUUUCCUAAUAUCCAACCUAAACUUCCCUUGCUUCAACUGAAGAAAAUUGCUCCUUGUUCUGUCACCUGCCACCACUGACAACGGUCUAGCUCCGUCCUCUUUCGACCCCCUUCAGGUAGUUGAAGGCUGCUGUUAAAUCUCCCCCCCCCAGUCUUCCCUUUUGCAGACUAAAUAAACCCAGUUCCCUCUGUCUCUCCUCAGAAGUCAUGUGCCCCAGCCCCCAAAACCAUUUUUAUUGCCUUCCACUGGAGUCUCUUCAACUUGUUCACAUCCUUUCUGUAGUGGGGGGCCUAAAACUGAACACAGUACUCAAGAUAUGGUCUCACCAGUGCUGAAUAGAGGGGAAUAAUUACUUCCCUUGAUCUGCUGGCAAUGCUCCUACUAAUGCAGCCAAGUAUGCUGUUAGCCUUUUUGGCAACAAGGGUACGCUCUUGACUCAGAUCCACCUUACUGUACACUGUAGCCCCCAGGUCCUUUUCUGCAGAGCUGCUGAUUAGCUAGUUGGUCCCAAGCCCAUAGUAGUACACAGGAUUCUUCCAUCCUCAGUGAAGAACUUUGCACGUGUCCUUGUUGAAUCUCAUGAGAUUUCUUUUGGCCCAAUCCUCCAAUUUAUCUCCUUGAGAUAAUAGAUAUUUGAUCUAUUUGAGCCCAAUGAUCCAGCCAGUUUUCUAUUGACCUUACAGUCCAUUCAUCCAACCUAUAUAUCCUUAGCUUUCUUGCAAGAAUGUUGUGGGAAAUGGUAUCAAAAGCCUUGCUAAAGUCAAUGUGUGUCAUGUCCAUUGCUCUCCCUGCAUCCACAGAGCCAGUCAUCUCAUCACAGAAGACAAUCAGGUUGGUCAGGCAUGACUUGCCCUUGGUGAAUCCAUGCUGCUACUGCUCCUGAUCACUUUCUUCUCCUCCAAGUGCUUAGAAAUGGAUUUCUUGAGGACCUGCUCCAUGAUUUUUCCUGGGACUAAGGUGAAUCUGACUGGUCUGUAGUUCCCUGGAUCCUCUGUUCCAUUUCUUGAAGAUAGGCACUAUAUUUGCCCUUUUUCCAAUCACCUGGGACCUCUUCACUACAAAUUUUCAAAGAUAAUGGUCAGCAGCUCUGCAAUCACAUCAGCCAACUCCCUCAGCACCCUCAGAUGCAUUACAUCCAGCCCCAUCAACUUGUACAUGUCCAGCUUUUCUAUAUAGUCCCUAACCUGUUCUUUCACGGCUGUUGAUUGCUCACCUUCUUCGCAAACUGUGCUGCCAGAUGUGACCUUGCCUGUGAAGACUGAGGUAAAAAAAGGCAUUGAGUACUUCAGCCUUUUCCUCAUCAUCUGUCACUAGGUUGCCUCCCCCAUUCAGAAAGAGACCUACACUUCCCCUGAUCUUCCUCUUGUUGCUGACAUACUUGUAGAAACCCUUCUUGUUACCCUUCAUGUGUCUUGCUAGCUGCAACUCCAGUUGCACUUUGGCUCUCCUGAUUUCAACCCUCCAUGCCCAAGUAAUAUUCUUAUCCUCUUCCCAAGUCAUCUGUCAAAGCUUCCACUUCUUUUAAACAUCCAAGUGUCUGUCCUAAGCUCAUUUUUACAGCUGCCUUGCACCCUCUGGAAACAGUGGUUUAUAGUGCAGACACUGACAUGCCUUUACUACAGAAGGAAAAACGGCAUCUCAAUAAUAUUCUAUUAAAUGAUCAGUGCUCCGUGAUACACCACCAUAUACCCCAAAGUGCUGCGUAUCGGUAAUUUAUAAAGAUGUCCCCAUUAUUUGCAACAUCCGUCAGUAAUAGCUAAUGUACAACACGGUGUGCGUGUGUAUACAUGUGCCCAAACAUACAGUUGUUACUGCACAGUUAUUUUGUACUUACUUUAGCAAAUAGUAAAUGACUGAGCAGUAACUGCGGAUUCUGCACAGUCCCAGGGCUACACAGGUCAUUUCUGACAUUACUGCACAGUAGCAACAAGCUACUGCAUAUUAGCAGUGGCAUCAAGGUUUGUGCUUGCUGACUCUAUGUCACUGUAAUGAUGAUGUUGCCAUAACUCAUUGGUACAAUCACAUAGCACCUUGUGUAGAUGUGCCCUGUUGUGUAUCAUAAGAUGCCCUUGCUGGUAUAUACUAACGCACUGGAAAGAUCUGUCUGGCUCUUGGAUGGUAACCUGCAUAGCAGUUUGUUCUUUAGAGAGGUAGGCAUUGAAGCAAUACUGGACUGAGGCUUGGGAAAACUGGGUUCCAGACCUAGCUCUGUCAUUAUCCAGCUGGGUAGGGUAGAUUGUUUCAUCACUCUUUGCCUAAGUCUUCUCCAUCUGUAAAAUAGGAGAGAUAUUGACCUCCUUUUUAAAGUCCUCUCAGAUUGACUGAUGAAAAACCCAGUUUUUGACAUUAUAAAAGUCAACUGAGAAAUGCUACAUAAGAGCACUUGUGGGAAAUUUAUUAGAAAUGCGUGUAGAAAAUAGAGAUUUCCAAUGCCAGAGGAACCUCAGACCAAAAGAAAAGGAUGCAACGUUUGGUGGCACCAUAACAGACCAGUAGAUUGAUUUUAUGAUCCAUCUUCCAUAAGCAGUGGAUUUUCUCACUUGAAAAACAGUAGCUACCCAUUAAAUGAGAAAUUAUCCUUGGGCAAUUAAAAUGUCUAUUUGGGCCAAAUAUUCUGCAGGUGGAGACUGUCACUAGCCCAUUGACCUCACCAGGACAGAUUUUGGGUGAACAUAGGGUCAAAUGUGUAAAAAGUCUUUAGAAAGGGGUUGAAAUGCUCAGAUCAAAAUACCAAAUAUGCCAAAAGUUGGGAAUCUGUGAUUUUUCUUUCAUCCCACUGGAAAGAAAGGAUGCAGUUUCAUAGUUUAGAUCUGCAUCCAGAUCUGGUUCCCAGUGUAAUUUAGCAGAGUGUUAUCACCAUUUUGCUGCAUAGUUGUAAUAUUUUUUGUGUGCGAGCAUCUCAGCAACAGGUUAUCUACCUAGGAAGGAAUAACUAGUAAGAGUAUUAAUACUUGCAAAAGACUUUAUUCUCCUUUACCUACCUCAACAAGUCAUUUAUAAAGGAAUAGAAUGGUACUAAGCAAUAUAGAGAAACUUGAGUUAAACAAGCCCCAGGGCAUAGAUGCAUACUUGUCAUUUAAUGAUGAGCAAGAAGCAUAAUAUAGGGUUAUUUGGAGGCAACCUCUUAAGGUAGAAUGAUGCCCAUUGGAAGGGAUCUCCGAGGGGAUGUCUAUACAGGCCCUGUGGAAACCCCAAGAUGGCUUCUGGAAACAAAACCUACUUACUCCAUCCCACUCCACAUGCUGAAAAAACAUUGUGCGAGCGCUGUUAGAGAGGUUCCUCACAUCCAUGAGACAGAGAUCCUGAGAGGGGUCUGGGCAGGUGCUGAAAAGACACAAGGAUAUUUUUCAGCCGGUGGUAUGAAUGAAGGAAGAGCAAGUGGGCAGGUCUUGUCUCUUCACCUGGCUUAGGAUCACUGCAAAGGGGGUAGACACACCUCACCUACAUCCAUAGAGAUCUACCCAGCUCUUGUUCAAGUCAAGUUCUUACAGGCCUCACUGUGUUUCUUUUUUAUUCCCAUUAUUUAUUUAUUUCUCUCUACCUCCUUUUCUUUUGGGAGGGUCCAGAUCCAGCAAUGCACUGAAGCAUGUGAUUCAGGUUCAUCAAAUAUUUAAGUCUCCCGGGCUUCAAAUGAGUAGCGUAGCAAUGGGGCUGGGCCUCCGAGCCACAGAGGCGGCAGCAACUUCUCGUUGCCAAUGCCUCUGUGAUUGCAAUCACGUUGAAGCCAGCGGCACCCUCAUUUUUCACUCCCUCUCCCAAAUCAGCACCCAGGGCAUUUGCCCUAGUUGUCCCACCCUAGUUAUGGUACUACUUCAAAUAGGUGUAUUCCUAAGUGCAUUUCUACAAAUGCUUGGGUUUAAAUAUGCUUUGCUGAAAUGCAAGUUUUUGUUUUCUUUGAAAAACCCAUUUGUUUGCCGUUUUCUACCACAUCUGACAUUUCUAUCAUUUUCCCAACACAUAGAAAAGCCAAGGAGGUGCAGUUUUCAGGGAGGUAGAUGGAUUUAUAUAGAGCCAAAUCUCAAGGUGACCCCUCACCCGGAUGUAGGUAGAGUGCCCUUUGGGUGCCCUGUAAGACCAGAACUGGGAAGCCUUUGAGCCAAUGGCAGCUUCCCCUUUGAUCCCUGAGGAUUUUAAAAACAACGUAUUUUCUAGGUUAAAUUUCCCUAAUGUGGGACAUCUCAGGGGCUUCUCAGUGAUCAGAACAUUGCUGUCAUCUGGUGCUUGUGGGAGGACAAAACCUCUCUCAAGUAUCUGUCCUGGGAAAGCAUCAAGAUACUUGAGAGCGAAUUUAGCACCCUAAACGAUUAAUCUCAUUAAAGAUAGAUUUAGUUAUAGCAGAAAGAAUUAAGCUUUCACUUUUAAAAAAGGCAGCUCGGAAGAGAUGCUGGAUGCCCUUCUCAUGAGGGCUGUGCGAAGAAUUGUUCAACAAAAGCUAAAUCCAGCUUUGCUAAGAUAACAACCGUUUUUGUGCCCAGCAUAAAAUUAGCAUGGGCAUAAUCUUGAGCUAUUUUUAAAAGGAAAUCAAACAUGAGCAGUAAAGGAAAAAAAUAUGAAAGGAAAGGGACAACAAACAGGGACUGCUGUACUUUGCUCAGUCGGUUAAGCUGCAUCUGAGCCAUUUUGUGAACAAGAUUUACACUCACAAGAAAAAGUACCAGGCCCCCAAUCCUGUAAAAAAUGGACCAAAUUUUAUGUACUGUGAGAAGCUCUCUUAAAUUCAGUAAAACUGUUCUGUGUUCUGAAGUUAAUUAGGUGUGCCAGUUUUGGCAGGACUGGAGAUAGACAGGCCACCUCUCAUUACUAAGUGGCAAAAUGUCCUUACAUCAGACAUUUCUCCAAUUUACUUAAAAAAUUAAGAAUGGAUUCUAGUUCUCAUUUUUUAAAGGACACCCACCAUAAUUUUGCUAGUGCAUUAAAACCAGAUAGUACAGAAGCUGUCUGCAUACCAGCUAACUAAGUGCUUGUUACUGCUCUUUCACUGACAAUUUUGCACAAACAGGUUUCAGGUCAUAGGAAAUAACCUGUUUGAAUGUUUGCUGUGGAUCAUCACUGUGGGAUGAUGGUUCUGCUCCCUCCUUGGAUGCCUGAAAGCUUUCAAACACCAGAACAGUCAUAACUGAGUGUGAUCGCAAGAAGAAGUUGUACAAUUGUUUGAACAAUUCUGAGCAAAUACAGCAGGAUACAGUGAACACUGGUUUUUCAUCGUUCAGUUACUCCUGUCCAUCAAUUUGCAACACAAAUGAUGGCAUUUUUCUUUAUUUUUAGCAUAGACUGUCCAUUCAAUGUCCCUUUAAGCUUUAAGAUUUUGUUCAAUCUCACUUCAUAUGAAUUUGACAUUAGGUGUGGUUAAUGAAUGCAAUUCCUCAGGUUCUAGGCAAUUUUACCAUGCUACAAAUAAACACCUCUAAUCAAAUUUGUCCUUUUUUUUCCCAUAACACUCCCUUAUUCCUGAAAUCUGUUUUGUUUUUUUUUUUCUAAGAUGAUAUCAUAAGAAUAUUGUGCUAUGGUGUUACUGAACCUGAAAUUCUAUACCAAAUAUACUAUGUCUUUGAAACACUGAAUUUUUCAAUAAAAUAUAUAUUACUUAAUA